GAGGCACAGGGCUGACCGCGAGGAAACACUUCACAACAAAGACAAGAUCUCCAGAAUCAUCCCAUCAGAUCAAGUUUCAAGACAUAUCUCCCACCUCUACAUGGGCACAUAAUCAUCAGAGCGAUAUUGAGCUUUGGAACUUAACAUGGCCAUUUGGCCACAGAGAUGCUGCAAUGGCUGAAGGAAGCUGCUUUGGUGCAUUAUAACUGGAUAUAUAACAGAACAAAUUCUGUGAAAUAAAGUAAACAAAAGGACAGAACAACCUCUGAAAUCAGCUCCCUGGAGCUGCUCACAGAGCAGAGCACCUUCUAAGAGACUCUUCGUGGACUGUGUGCACCAUGUGUCACGUGAUUGUGACGUGUCGCUCUCUGCUCUGGACUCUGCUCAGCAUCAUUGUGGCCUUUGCUGAGCUGGUGGCCUUCAUGAGUCCUGACUGGCUGUUGGGUUUCCCUCGUUCUGACCCCAGUGUAAACGGCGAGGGUGUGGACUCCGGUCAGUACAGGCCGUCUCUGGGGCUGUACAGCCGAUGCCUUCGCAUUGGCACACAAGGGGUGGGUGUCAUCUGCGGACCCUAUGCAGCCUCAUUCGGAGAGGUGGCCAGUGGCUUCUGGCAGGCUGCCAUGUUGUUCCUUUCAGCUGGUACCUUAGUGUUGGGCUGUGUGGCCUGUAUCUCCAUCUUCAGCUUGUGCUUCCAGAGCAUCCUCAAGAAGAGCAUUUUCAACAUCUGUGGUCUCCUGCAGGCUAUUGGAGGGCUGCUCCUGAUGGUGGGUCUGAUGCUGUACCCUGCUGGAUGGGGGUCUGACAAAGUGAAGAGCUACUGUGGUCUGGAGGCACUGCCCUUCAGGCCUGCAGCCUGCUCACUGGGCUGGGCGUUCUACGCAGCUAUAGGAGGAACACUGGCCACUUUCCUUUGUGCCGUUUUGUCAGCACAAGCAGAGAUUGCCACCUCUAGUGAUAAAGUACAAGAGGAGAUAGAGGAGGGGAAAAGUCUCAUAUGCCUGCUCUGAGCAUUAGGAUGACUUGCAAACAUCUUUUAAGUUUGUAUUUAUAGAAAGGUAAGGUAGGGUAGUUUGUUGAAAGAUGAAAUCAUAACACCGUCUUUGUUGACAAGCUUGGAUUGGGUAUGACACUAGCAACAGCUUUUGUCCUUUUCUCUAUGAACUAGCAUUACAAUAAUUAGUCAUUAUUUCACCUGCCAUGAUGUUUUAACAAUUGUGUACAGACUUGCUACCAGUUACUGUUGACCAGUUACAGUGAUCAGUUGUAAGACUUACUUGCUGACCUUUACUCAACAGUUGCACAGUUGUUCUGUUUUUUAAGCAGCACCACUUAAAGGGCUUAUAUUACCCUAUUAUCUGAUCUAUGUUAUAAUGUUGGUUCCUCAUCAACAAUGUACCCAGAGUUGCUUAAAGUGCAAACUCUGCAUAUUUAGGCUGAAUUCCUCUAUCUCUGAAAACACUCUGUUCCACCUAAUGAUGUCGUGGUAAUACAGAAAGCACUGUAUUUUUAAACUCCAUUUGAACAAUUUCAUUCCUGGAAUUGCCAAUCUGUACUGAAGAAAUGAUAAAAGGUAGCUGUUAACUUGAAAACUACCACAUCAUGGAACAGAGCAUUUUGAGAUUUUGAAAUGUAGAUUAAUAAUAAAGGAUUAUUCAAAUAUAUGUGAAUGAAAGAAAACACAACUCCAGGUAUGCUUCUGAUGACGUUGGGCUGUCGUAAGACAGGUUAGUUUUACCCUACUGAUGAUGUGUUGUUGCAAUAGGUUCUAAAAUGUCUUAAAGCUCACAAGAGUCAACUUUGCAUAAUAUACUUUUAAUUCACUUAAAAAAUCCUUGAAAUGGGGUUUGCACUUUGUCUCUGUAAUGAAUUUGUCACAUUUUUGUAUUGCUUCUUUUUUUUUUAGAAUACUGUAUAUAUUAUGAUGCUUAUGGUGCAAUAAUUCCGUUCCUGUGUUCAGCCGUGAGACUGUGAAGAUAAAUGAAAGUAUGCCAGAAAACACAUUUUAGAGAUGCACCUGACAUUGUUGUGUAACACUGACAAUAGAAAGUAUGUGAAUAAC